AUUGCCUUAAGUUUGGUAUUUUGUAGAGUUUCUCAUAGACGGCAAGCACAUUUUGGAAUUGCUAAUUUGUGCAGGUUAUUGUGUUUAUCCAACGAUUCUCGCCGCGAAAAUGUACGAACUGAAGACCCUGCUGCCGCAAUUCGACAUCAAGCUGCCCACCUGCAUGUAUCACCUCAAGAACGUUAGCCUGGCGGCGGAUUCCUUGGCCAGCGGCUCCUCCACAUCCGCAUCCACAUCCGCGUCCACAUCAUCAUGCAAAUUGGAGGCCAACAGGAUCGACAGAACGGGGCAAAACGCAGCCACAUGUGCACUUGAUUUGGACUCUUUAGGCCGACAAAUACAACGACUGCUAAAGGACGAUACGGCAUCAGUGGCCGCCCGCCAGGAGAAGGUUCUCAAGCAGCUGGAGGACCUGAAGGCGCAGCUGGGACAAAUCCGGGCGGGGCUUGGUGUUUGCGGCAAGACCUUCCAGCACACGACUGCCUUCCAGAAUGGUGGAUUAAAGGAGGUGCCACUGCAGGAUGUCGUCAUCAAUGGACAUCCCAACUUCAUACCCUAUGCCUUGUUGGCCCUGAAAAAUGCCUGGCGCGAUCUGUACACUAUUGAUGUCAAGACCUUUACGCACUCCACGAUGGCCGACAUUGGACCAGCAGCUCGGGAAUUCGAGGCCAACUUGGCGAAGGUUCCAGUAAACCCUGCUUUGCCCAAGAUUAGUGUGACGCUCAUCUGGAAGAACUGCGAACACACCGAGAUGAUCAGCUCGCCCACCAUGUACGUGCCCAUCUACGGAGAGGUUAACAUCAUUCGCUAUCUGGGCCGUGUGGGUCCGUCCCAGUAUCGCUAUGAGGGCUCUCCGCUCUGCAACGAGAUCGACCUCGUCCUGGACAUUUGCUACCAACUGCUGCGCUGCAACACGCACAAAACGCAGGUGGCCAUGGUGCGCCUGCUGGACAAGCGACUGCAGAAGCAGCAGUAUUUCGGUGGAGCCCAGAUGUCGGUGGCCGAUAUUGGUGUCUACAGCUCACUGAUACGCAUGCCAGCUGUUACCGAGAAGGAUCUGACGCCUGCGCUAGUGGCUUGGAGAAAAAGGGCCAAGCUCGUGGUUCAAAUUUAAAUAAUUUAAUCGAGAAAGGCGAACAAAUAAAUUGUAGAGUUCAAUGUGA